ACGUAGUUGAUGUUCUGAAGGGGCAGCAGGUGGCGUAGUGGUUAGAGCUGCAGUCUUUGGUUCGCUCGCGAAGUUUCCUCCGGCUCCACUGCUCCUCAGCCAUUUCCGCCAGGUUUCUGUCACAUGACGGCUCAAAAAUCAUGGCUUCUUCGCUCGGGAAUGCAGGAAAAGCGCAUUUCCAGCUUUUCGCUCGAAUCCGACGGCACACGUAACGAAGGGAGGGGUGCGCGCGUUUGUUUGUGCGCUUUUCCUCACUGCGCCGCGCGACACGCUCACGUGAGUUGGAGAAGAAGGAAAAGUUGCGGCGAGACGGCAUUUCCUGCCCUGAGGGAAGCGCGCGCGGCACGGGCUGCGGCUCUGCCUCUCCCUCUCUCUGCUGCUGACUCUUCAGAACAUGCUCCGGUGACGAGGAGAAAGGGAAAAGAAGAUGUCCGAGGCCGACAAGCGAGAGGGCGCCGACGUGGGGCAGCGCGGCGCGAACGGGGGCGGAAAGUCGUCCGCCGGCAGCGCGGAGGGACACAAGAGCGAUGAGUUGAAGCUGGCCGCAGUCUAUGUCUCUGAUGCUCAGUACAACAGGAAUGUCUUCUUCAACACCUCGCCGCAAUGUGUCCGGUUGUACAUGCUCUACAACCACUGGAGCUUGCAGUUUCUCGUGUAUGUCUUCAUCUUUGUGGAUCUUGCACUGGCUCUGUUUGAAGACCCAGCAUUUGUCCCCUUGCCUUUAUGGGCAACAUAUAUAAUGGAGUUGAUCUGCCUAGCAGCUUUUACAGCAAGGCUCAUCCAUUAUGCCAGAAUCAUCCCAAAGCAGAAGUUCUGGAAAGAUCCGAAAAACAUUUGUAUCGUUGUUGUUAUCUUACUAACUCUGGUGGACAUGAUCAUAUACGGAUCCCUAAAGGCAAUGGAUUACCACGUUGUGCGAUGGUCGAGGGUGUUCAGGCCUCUGUUUCUGGUCAAUGUCACAGAGGGCCGCCAUCUUCGCAGGGCCUUUAGAAGCAUCAGGAAUGCCUUGCCCCAGAUCAUCUAUGUCUUUUUUUUGUUCAUUAUCAGUGUGCUGAUGUUUUCUCUCAUGGCACUGAAGCUCUUUGGAAAAAGAGAUCUGAAAACCAUUGAUGGAAGGAGCUAUUUUACAAACUAUGGGGAAAUUAUCUUUGACCUCUAUGUCUUGGUGACCACUGCCAACAGUCCUGAUGUCAUGAUGCCAGCCUACAACUCCAGUUCCACGUUUUCUAUUUUCUUCAUUGUCUAUAUACUUAUAAACACCUACACCUUCAUGUCUGUUUUCCUCGCUGUUGUCUACAACAACUACAAGAAGUACCUAAAGGAGGAAGUGAGGCAACUGGUGAGAGCGAAGCGGCAAAAGAUGGUGCGUGCCUUCAAGGUGCUGCAGGAGAUGAGAGAUGAGGAGCCAGUAGUGAUGCAGGCGUGCUGGAACCAGCUGGUGUGCGUCGUCCAGCCCAAUAUCACAAAUGCCCACCGAGAGCUGCUGUGGAGUGUUUCUGAUGAGAACAAGAGGGGCUACAUUGGGAAAAUGGCAUUCCUUCAGCUGCCAGAUCUUCUGAAUAUCCAGGUGAUCACCUUGAAGUCCCGUACCCACCCUCUGGAAAUAUGGAUUCCUCGGAUAUACAGCUCUUCUGCCAGUAGACUUAUCUGCCGCGUUGUUCAGCACAGGGCAUUUGUGUACAUUUAUGACUUUAUCAUCCUGGUGAAUGCCGUGUUCAUUGGCCUUGAUGAAGAGAAUAGCUUCUUCUCAUAUGCGGAAUGGGUGUUUCUGGGUCUCUACUUGCUGGAGAUCCUAAUGAAGCUCUACACGUUUGAGCCACGGGCUUUCUAUGCUCGGCAUCAGUUCUGGAACUGGUUUGAUUCUAUCAUCAUCGUUUCUGCUCUAGUUGCCACAAUACUGAAUUCAGUCCUGAAACCCAGUGAUGGUUAUAAUGGCCGUCAGAUACUGGAUAUUGUCUUCAUCCUGCGUGUCCUGAGACUCUUAAGAGUGGUAGACAGCAUAAAAAGGUUCCGGGCCAUAAUUAACACUCUUGUCAAAAUUGGCCCAACGAUUCUCACAUUUGGACAGCUUAUCCUCGUGGUCUACUACAUCUUUGCCAUGGUGGGAAUGGAGUUGUUCAAGGGGAAAAUAACAUAUUUUGAGAACUCUGCUAGUCCUGGGAGUGAAUACUGCGGAAACCCCUUGCUGAAGGGAUCUGCAUUUGCAAAAAACAACUACUGCAAAAAUAACUUUAAUAAUGUUUGGUCCUCCUUUGUUCUCCUGGUGGAGCUCACAGUGGUCAACCAGUGGCACGUCCUGGCCAGUGGUUUUACUGCAGUGACCAAUGCAUCAGCCAGAAUCUUCUUUGUUAUUUUCCACAUACUGGUUGUCAUCAUCAUCAUAAAUAUUUUUGUAGCAUUUGUUUUGGAAGCUUUCUUUGUGGAGUACACAUUUUCAAAAGGUGAACUGCAGACAUCCUUGGAAAAGAAAAUUGAGGAACUGGAAUUAGGCAUUGAACAAGACAAGCUAGAUGAAAACUUGGUGGAGGACAUGGAAACGUGUGAGAAUGACCUGGGUCCUUCUGAAACAGUUAAAGGGAAACCUUCACUUAUGUUCAAGAUAGCCUCAAAAAGAUACAGAACAGUGGAUGGCUUGUUACAGAGAAUGUUUGAGGCAGACCUGAGCCCAGAGGACAAUGCUGAUGAUGAGGACCCAGAUAAUGAGUCUCCUCCAGGCUACAAUUUCCCAAACCCAUCUUAUGACACCAUAUGACUCUUCAAAGGGAAUGUACACAUGCUUAAAUUUGUUCCUAUACAAAUUCAUUUUUAUACUUAAAGAUUAGACUUGAUAUUUGUAAUUGUUCAGUAUAUAUUGAAUAAACAAUGACCUGAAUAUUUCUGCAAAAUGACAUUUUCAUAUGCAACUCGAGUAAAAUCUUAACACUUAUGAAAGCUUUAGUUUCUGUGAAUGAGAGCUUGUACUAUGUUUUUCUCUGUAGGCCAUGGUAAGAUAUGUUAUGUGCUUUCUUUCAGCAGUGUGAAAAUUGACAUUUUUAUCUUCAGGGACCUUUUACAUGAAAGGAAGAUAAGAUUUAAAUACAGAGGUGAAUUCAGUGGUUUUCUAACAGUGUAUUUAAACCAAAUAAGCAUGUAAAAAUAUUGAAUGCAUAGCUGACAAUAAAUGCAUCCAUUAAUGAUCAUUGCUGUGCUUUCAAUGUUUGCUUCAAGUGGGUGAGACAGGAAACUUAGUUAUCAUUAAGGCCAAAUGUAGAUCAACCUGCUAUUGAAUCACUCUUGUGCUUUAUUUCUCCUGUUGCUGCUUUAAUCACAACUGGAAAUACAUGUAGCAUUUAUAUUUAGAAUUUUAUGUUUGACUGCAGUUUGGUAUUUGGAAUGUGUGGAGCUAAACUCCUCCAAAUAUUGGCUUGCAAAUAUCCUAUGUACAUCAGUUUGAUGCUUAAAGACAGGGACACAGAAUUUGACAGUAUUAACUAUGGAACAUUGGCUCCUCUGGCUUUCUAGUUUAUUUUUGAGUCUUUUUGCACCAAAGUAAAAGUGGAGAGAGACCACAAUGUGCAUGUGUAUUUGGUGGGCUCCACCCUGGCUGCACCCUUUGUCAGACUGAAAGAUGCAACUGCAAACAGAUUAAAAGGACAACAAGCAAAAGGUGAGCUGGUUAACCAGUGAAGAACUCAAAAGUUUGGACUUGGAGAGCCUGGGGUGGGGGAGAGAACUGGAUGUUUCUGGUUAGAAAAAUGUACAGGUGGUUGUGUACUUGAGCAAUGGACAGAAUAAAACUAAGAAAGA